AUGCCGCUGAAACUUUAUGCCGCGGCGAGCGACUACAAGACCAAGAAGGCUGGCAGUGGAUCCAGGGUGAGCGUCACAGAGUUUCGUGUCUUGAUUGCUGCGCAAUAUGUGGGCAUGGAGGUGUCCUGCCCCACGGAGCAAGGCGUGGCAUCGGAGGGCAAGAUCCCUGUGCUCGAGACGGACAAGGGAUGCAUCUUCACCAGUGGAGCCAUAGCCAGGUACGUCGCAAGAAUCAGCCGAGUCGUCGGCCUCUACGGCCAGAAUCUCCUGGAGGAUGCUUGA